CUCAGGAUGAAGGAUCACAUACACUAGGAGCAUGGAGCCAUGGACACCGACUGCGCCGUACGUAGAGCGUAGAGCUUUGACUGUCUGAGAAGCACAUGCUAACCCAUCCUAGAGAUGAGUAAAGUCAACGGUUCUUCCGAUUCGGAGUAUGGAGCUCCGCAAGUUCGGGCGGCUGCCAGCUCCAGCCUACCAAUUCCAACGCGGCAUGUGGCUCGAACGAUCCUAGGACAUGAUACGCACGUCGUAUGCCAGUCAUUCACAGAUCGGAUUUGCAUCUUCAUUUCACAAGUCGGGAAGCUUGGCUGCAUUAUGCAGGCAACCGUGUCGACGCCAGCUCACUUCCAGCCAUCUUCGUCAGACUUAGACUUCGAUGACGAAGAAGAGAUCACGAUGGCAAGAGAUGCCCGUGCUAGCUCUAUACCACUCUUGCUACCCUCCACCUCUCUGCAGACCCUGCUCGGCUCGCCGCCGCAUGGUUACUCGACUUUGUACCCGCUAAUGGCUUCGCACGUCGCAAGCCUGGUGACAACCCAAGCCACCAGCAGCUCCAAGGUGGGAGGCAGGCCGUCGACCAUGGACAUGGCGGCAGGUGGAAACACAUCGAGACCCAUCAUCAUCUCUCUAGGCCUGCGCAGGCUGGCAUCCUCACAGAGCGCCGUGGACGAGGAUGGUGAGGAUGCAUUUGAGAGCUCGGAAGAGGAACAAGUUCGCUUUCACGAGAUUCUGCAAAUGGUUUCGGAGGCAUCGGUAUGGUGACACUGUAUAUCAUACACACAUUUUCACAUGCAUGUAUCAUACCCACAAUGGAGCACUCUGCUCAUGACCAUAUC